AUGGCCAUUGUUUGGAGAGAGAGUUCAACUGUGGAGAAAGAAGUCAAUCUGCCGGCCGGUUGGCGAUUCGAUCCAACCGACGUAGAGCUGAUACAAUUUUAUCUCACAAAAAUAGUGGCCCGCGAACCUCUCCCAGCUAACGUCAUGAAGGAGAUCGAUGCACACCACUUCUACCAGCACCAUCCUCAGGAUCUAGUACAUGACUCGAUGCGGCUCUAUGACGAAUAUUUCUUGGUCCAUGGGGAUGAAUAUUUCCAUGGAAAAAUCAACAACAUGAAACUUGUCUGCGAAGGCGACGUUGGAUCCUGGAGAUCUCUGGAAAUGAAGAAGAAAUAG